CGAUUUAUAAGCCCAGCUUCAAGUCAAACGAGUUUCAGUUGUUCGCAGAGCGCGUCGCCGAGCAGAUCAUAUUUUAGCUAGGCGUGAAAAAUGUUGCUGCUUGCCGUGAUAAUUGCCAGCAUUCUGGCCGUGCAUAGCUCCGCGGUGAAUGAUGCAUUCAAUUGGCAUCAAGUGGUGCCGGAUGUGAUCUCGGAACCACCGACCGAUUUGCUAAGGGUCAGCUACGAUAAUCGUCUGUUGGUUAAGGAUGGGGACAUUGUUACACCCACACAGGUUAAGAAUAAGCCCGUGGUGGAAUGGAAAGCCGAACCGGAUGCAUACUACACGCUGAUGAUGGUCGAUCCGGAUGCGCCCAGCCGUGCUGAACCCAAGCUGCGCGAAUUCAAGCACUGGCUGGUUAUCAAUAUACCCGGCAACGAUGUGGCCAAGGGCGAUGCGCUUGCCGAUUAUGUGGGCUCGGGUCCGCCCAAGGAUACGGGACUGCAUCGUUAUGUAUUUCUGCUCUACAGGCAGCCGAAAAUGCUGGAGAUCAGUGGAUCGCGCGUUAGCAAUACAUCGCGUCGCAGCAGGACCAAAUUCCAUGCAGCCAAAUUUGCGGAGCACCAUCGUCUGGGCGAACCCGUGGCCGGGACCUUCUAUCGGGCGGAAUACGACGAAUAUGUGCCCAUUGUGCACAAACAGCUGAAGAACAAUUGAAUGCCUUGACAGCAAUGUUUGUUUAAUAUGAAUUGAAUUCGCAUUUUAUAGAGAAUUCCAUUUGGUUUUAUUGAUUGUUGUUGAAUGUUAAUUAUGAGUUUUUGUUGCCGUCUAUUUGCCCGCUGCGGUGGCAAGUGGAUUGCGCAGCACCAAUAUAACAGAAUCACCGCGCAGAAA